AUGGCCACCGAAGACGAGCGCUACAGGCAGUCGAGCCAGUUUCGCCUCUGGUCAUUUACGCCGGCGAAUCUCCAAGACCUACGCGCAAAGACGAACUCGCUCGCCCGAGAACAGAUUGCUCCUCGACUCGCGACAGAUCCUCCUCCCGACUUCCUUACCCCCGAUGAAGAAACUCGCCUGGUCAAGUUCUUUACGGUGGAGCUCAUUCGUGCAGCGCAGUUCUGUGAACUUCCUACCGAGAUCCGAGCUACAGCAGCUAUCUUCCUGCGACGAUUCUACGUGACCAACUCGGUCAUGACAUACCCGGCCACCGAUCUCCUCAAAACAUCACUCUUCUUCGGAUGCAAGGCCGAAGGUUUCUUCUAUAAGCUCAACGCAUUCUCGGAGAAGUUCCCAAACACAACAGGCGAACAGAUUCUCGCAGGAGAGUUUCUUCUUUGCCAGGGCAUUCGCUUUGCGUUCGACGUGCGACAUCCAUUCAGAGCGCUGGAGGGUGCUAUUCUGGAGCUGAGAAGGAGACUGCCGGACGAGGAGACGCGCAUCAACAAAGCACACGCUCGAGCGCGCGACAUUCUCAAAUUUAGUCCUUUGGUGACAGAUGCCUAUUUCCACUAUGCGCCAAGUCAAAUCAUGAUGGCUGCGCUGUCCAUGGUGGAUCACGGAUUACUCGACAUAUUGAUUCCUUCCGCUGGCCAAGGCAACGAUGCUAGCCAAGAAUCGGCUUUCGCCAACAUGCGAGAUAAAAUCCUUGGAGCUGUUGACAACUGCCGAAAGAUGCUAGAGGAGGAGCCCCCAGAAAGGAUGACGGAUUACUGGGGAACGCCCGAGAUCGUCAAGGCGAUGAAACCGCUUCGAAAGAAACUGCAGAAAUGUCGCGACCCCGAUCGAGCGAACCUGGUCAAUCUUCAACGAGCGAGGCGAGAACAAGUUAUGAGCAAAGAGAAGAAGGCAGCAGCAAACGAGGACGGAACAGUAUUCGGAGAUGAGUUAAGGGAGGCCAAGAGGGUCAAGCUGGAGAAUGCGGACCCUUUUGGUCCUCCUCUAUGA